AGCAGCAGUUGACUUUCCAUCUCUUGCUCAGCGCCAUACAAUUGCUUGUUUGCGAUGAAGGCUGUUCCUCGUGUGCACCCCCAGGACUCUUGGUCUUCCUCCUCCUUUUGCUCCUCCGGCAGGAGCAGCAGCGGCAGCAGCAACAGCAGCAGCAGCAGGCGGUUCUCCCUCCACUAUCCGACCAAGCAGAGCUUCGACGUCGAUGACCGGCAUUGUCUGCAACACGACAUGAACGACUGCUACAGCCGACUGAAGCGACUGGUACCCACCAUUCCGCAGGAUAAAAAAGUCAGCAAAGUGGAGAUCCUGCAGCACGUCAUUGACUAUAUUCUGGAGCUGCAGCUGGCCCUGGAGACGCACCCUUCUCUCCACAAAGAACGGAGCGCGACCUGCGUUCCUCUCGCGUCCAACCCCAGCCGAGCCCCGCUCACUGUGCUCAACAUCGACCACCACCAGAGGACAGCAAUUGUCAAAAAGCCAGAGGACUCAAUUUUAUGCCGCUGAAAAAUGGGCACCUGACUGGUGUGCAGGCUGCAUAGAACCGCUCCAAAGCCAGUAAAGCUUCGCCAGGGACGCACAGCCAACUGGAUGCACAAUCACAAGGGAAUUUGGAACUACUGGAAUGGACUAAUUUGAAAUAUAAUUACAAGAGCAUGGAAAUAGCAUAAAGAUGUCUCCCUUAUGUUCAUCCUUAACCACCCCCAUCCAUUUUUAUCCAUGUUUUCUCUUAAAAAAUGAAUUAACAAGUCAACCUUUUUUAUUUCGCCUCCCAACCCCAAUCAUGUGUGAGCAUUACAUUGACAACCUGUGAAUUAUGCUUAAAAGAAAAUGUGAGUUUAAAGCUUUACUGAACUGCGAAACUGCUGUAUAUAUUUUGGACAUCUAUUGUUUAAAAUAGAUGAUUUGUGUUACGCUGGGAUGCCAUUCUUGUGGUCAUAUCAUAUUUGAUACUGUAAAGGAGAACAAUUCAAUUUGAAGAACAAUUAAGAUUCUACAUGAAGAGAAACAAAUGUUCUAUGAGGGGAAAAAUAUGUGAAAGGAAUACAUAUAUGCUUCAAAUGGACUACUGUAAUUACAAGAUAUUUUUAUGAAAAUGUCAUUGGUCGUUUUGUAAAUAUUAUGUUUCCACUUUGAAAUCUUGAGUGAAUGAAUGUGGUUUUGUCCUCACAUGAUGAUAUCAGUUAACUUUGCAAUGUUUUGGAAUAGUUGAAUAUGUAGCAUGUCAGGCUCAUUGCAGAGAUGUCAAAGGUGCACUGAAGGAGGAAUCCCUGUGUAGAUACUUUAAAUUCUUUUAUUUUCUCAGUUUCCCCUUGUUGUUUUUAUACUCACUAACUAUGACACUUGAUCCAUGGGGAGGACCAGGGGGCGGUGGGUGGGGGCAAGCGGUCGCUCCUCUUUUAUAGGUUUUGUUUAUUUUAAUGGAAAAAAGAUGUUCUUUAUUUUAAAAUGCACUCGUGAAACAAAAUCAAAUUCCCUACCAUGCAGCACUUCUGACGGUGUAUAAUGUAAUAUCUGAAAAUGUAAUUACAGUGAAUGAUGUCACAAAAUCCUUUUUUCAUUUCAUUAGGAAUGUGUAAACAUUAAUAACAUGGACAACAAUUAAUAGCAGUCAUUAAUUGUGAUCAGCAUGUUUCAUGGCAGUCAUGAACUAAUUUCAGCAGCCAUGUGGUUGCUUUUAAAAAAAAGAUUGUAAAAAGAACAUUUUUUUCAUGACAUCCAACAGCGGAUUUACCUCACCACCCUCCUGUCAGUGUAGGGGGGGGGGGGGGGGGGGGCGUAUGUACAUGACUGUCAGAAUUGACCUUGACUGGAUUGUGAGGAGUUGUUAAAACAAUUAAA